AUCUUCUUCUUCUUCGAGAACUUUAAAAAGAAUCACUUGGUAAAACCGAUUUUAGUCCAAAAAUAAGCCAAUUUGAGUGAAAAACAUGGGACGUCGCCGUGCCAAGAUGCCUAAUUUCACCAUUGGCGACUUUGUGUUUGCCAAGGUGCGCGGCUAUCGCCCCUGGCCAGGCCGCAUCCUGAAACGCAUCGGUGCCACGGCAUACAGUGUUUAUUUCUAUGGAACCUGCAACUACGCCAAAGUGGCUCGCAAAGAGGUCGUCGGCUUCGAGAAGAAUCUGAAUCGACUUGGAGUGGUCCAGCAGAAGGGACACGUCUGCAAUCCAAGUUUCCGGGGCUCCAUGCUGCAGGCACGCGAGGCAUACGACAAUCCGGAUAAAGAUUACGGCUACUACCAGCAGUUGGCUCUGGACAACGGCGAUUGCAUUAACGCCGAGGACCUGGGACUGGAGUACAUGGUUACCGAAGAUCUGGGCAACCUAAUGGACGAGCAGGCUGCCACGGAACAGGAGGUGGCAGAGAAGGAUGUCAACGAACAGGAGCAGAAUGUGGAGCUAAAUUCAGUGGGUCAGAUCUUUAGCAACCAGCAGCAUGAGGAGAAUUCAGAGGAGUCUGCUUCGAAUUGUCAGCUGGAGGAGCAGGAAGAAUCAAAUUCGGAGGUGGAGCAGGUCUCCGAACAGCAUUACUCGAUCGCUCAGAUAGUUUCUCUGAAAUCGAAGAAAUUGAUGGAUACUCCAAUUAACAUGACCUGCCACCGGCGACGCUAGUCAAAAUAAAAAAAAAAAAGAAACUAGGAGCUGGAUUCUAUAAACUAUGACGAAAUGAUUUGUUUGCACACAACAUACUCAAAAAUUCAUGCAUUAUGUAGCAAUUUUAUGAAUUGUGUACUUUCAUUCCUUGACAUACAAACAAAAUCGUAAUUUUAAUAAAAUGCCAAUCAAAAUGUACUUAAA